CGUCGUGUUCCCACGUGGUUGGGAUUCCAGGAAGCGGCGCGGUUGAGUCUACCGGAUUACUCCAAAGGAAGUCUCGGUUGUGAUUGAUCGUCUCGUGGAAGCUGGUGGUGUCCUGAACAAUUGUAGAGAGAAGUGUGAAUGUGCUGCAGAAGGGAGGGCGAAGAAGUUGCUGUUACGUUUCCUGUAAGGUUUGGCUUAUGGCAGCUCAUUUUACAACCAUCAUUUAGGAAUCAGUGAGGUCAUAAAUAUUGAUUUCGUUGUUUGCAAGGAAAUUUCUUUAAAGGUCAAUCAUGAAGCUCAAGCGAGGAAGCAAGUUCAAGAGGCCAUCUACGUUUAAACAAAAAGGCAUCAGAGUAACAGGGAAAUGGAAACCUGUAGAGAUUGACCCGAACCUCUUCGCCGAUGAGCAGCUUGGAGGCUUGGUAUGUUUUGAGGAACUUACUGAUUAUAAAUUGGUGUCUUCCUUGAAGACUGGAGAAGAGAAAGACAAGAAGAGGAAAUCUGAUUGCAGGGAUAAAGAAGAGGAACCUGAGGAAGAACGUGGGACCGUUCCCCGAAAGAAGAGAAAGAAAGAGAAGAAUCUGGGAGAGGAGGCAAAGCCGAAGGAUGAACUUCAAGGGGAGGGAAACGAAAUAGACCCAGAGGACAUGGGCAAAGAAGCUCCUGUUAGAUGUGAGCAAGAUCAGAAUGUCACAGUAGACACUUCGGGCCUGGGAAGGAAGCAGCUAAAGAAAAAGAGGAAGAAGGAACAAAAGAAGAAGAAACACCCUUCCCAAGACAUCCCUGAACCAGUUCAGUCUUCCAGAAAGGCAAAAAAUUGGACGGCAGGAGUUUUGUCCACAUCUUUGAAUGAGAAAGUAGAUGUUUCCUCAUGGAAAGGCCUUUUUGUUCCUAAGCCUAUCCUUCAGGCCCUGAGUCAAUUGGGAUUCAGUGCACCGACUCCGAUUCAGGCUCUUGCUCUGCCUUCUGCCAUUCGAGAUGGCAUGGAUAUCCUUGGGGCUGCAGAAACAGGAAGCGGAAAGACGUUAGCGUUUGCCAUUCCAAUGAUCCAUUCCAUUCUUCAGUGGUACAAAUCAAAAGGAUGGUCCAGUGGAAAUGACAGUGGAGACAAGAUGCCAGAGCAGGAAACAGCUGAGGAAAUGGCGAGCCUCAACCCAGAUGGUGCUGAAGCUGCUGCUGCUACUACUGAUGACGGUGGUGAUACUGAUGACGAUGAUCAGUCUUGGGCAACAAACUGUGUGUCAGAAAUGGGUUCAGGACCUCCAGGACUUGAUGCUGUCCCAGGCACAAGCAAUCCUCUUCUGGGAUUGGUCUUGACUCCUACAAGGGAACUGGCUGUCCAAGUAAAGCAUCACAUUGAUGCUGUUACCAAGUUCACACGCAUUAAAACAGCCAUUCUCGUUGGCGGGAUGGCGCCUCAGAAGCAGCAGCGGAUCUUGAAAAGAAAGCCGGAAAUUAUCAUUGCAACCCCAGGGCGCCUGUGGGAGCUAAUUCAAGAGAAGCAUCCUCACCUUUCAAACCUACGGCAGCUCAGGUGCCUGGUGAUCGAUGAAGCAGACCGAAUGGUGGAGAAAGGACAUUUUGCAGAACUGUCCCAGCUGCUGGAAAUGUUAAGCGAUUCACAGUAUAACCCCAAGCGUCAGACAUUUGUCUUCUCUGCCACACUGACUUUGAUCCAUCAAGUUCCAGCUAGAGUUCUCCAGAAGAAAAAUGCUGUCAGGUUAGACAAAAAGACCAAGCUGGACACACUGAUGCAAAAAGUGGGCAUCAAGGGCAAACCGAAAGUGAUAGACUUGACAAGAAAAGAAGCCACUGUGGAAACUCUCACCGAGACCAGAAUCCACUGUGACACAGACGAGAAAGACUAUUACCUCUACUACUUCCUACUACAAUACCCUGGCAGAACCAUGGUUUUUGCGAACAGUAUAGAUUGCAUCAAGCGACUCACUGCACUCCUGACCAUAUUGGACUGCAACCCACUACCUCUUCAUGCCAACAUGCACCAGAAACAAAGGUUAAAAAAUCUGGAAAGGUUUGCUGAACGAGACAGUUGCACCCUCUUGACAACGGAUGUUGCUGCUCGUGGUCUUGAUAUUCCGCAUGUUCAGCAUGUCAUACACUACCAGGUGCCACGUACUUCUGAAAUCUAUGUGCACAGAAGUGGCAGAACGGCCAGAGCUGCUAACGAGGGGCUGAGCUUGCUGCUAAUUGGUCCAAGUGACAUGAUGAAUUUUAAAAGAAUUUAUAAGACAUUGGGGAAAAAUGAAGAGCUUCCUUUUUUUCCUGUUGAAACAAAAUAUAUGACAGCAAUCAAGGAGAGGGUGAACUUGGCGAGACAAAUUGAGAAGGUGGAGUAUUUUAACAGCCGUGCCAAGCAUCACAACUCCUGGCUCCAGCAAGCCGCAGAAGCCCUUGAACUUGAGCUGGAUGAUGAUGUUUUAAUAGGAGGCAAACGCAGUGAGCAAGAAGAAAGUGAGAAACUCAGAAUGCUCAAGGGGAUGAAGAAGCAUCUGAAACACUUGCUGUCUCAGCCAGUGUUUAAGAACCUAAUGAAGACCAAAUACCCAACUCAGUCUGGAAAAUUACUUGUGUCUGAGGCUUCGGGGGAGCAUUCCCAGUCUGCAUUGGGCAUCGUGUCAGAAGCCCAAGCAAAGAAAAUGAAAAAGCAAAAACAAAAAACAAAACAAAAAAUGUAAACAAGUUAAAUAAAUGA